UCCUAGAUAAGAAAAUAAGCCCGAACGACCUUGCGUGCCUGGGCAGACGCUCCUCCUGAACUGGGGUCUUCAGCAGUGCACGGAACAAGCCCCACCACCCCGCCCCUUCCGCUCUGGAAGAUCAGGUGACCACCCGCCGGCUGGGUCACGUGACCGGGGCGCGGCCGCCCGUUGUGGCCAUGGCGGCCGCAGGCUCCAGUGUGGCGAAAAGAGUGGAGGAGCUCGGGGAUCUGGCUCAGGCCCACAUACAGCAGCUUAGCGAAGCGGCGGGCGAAGACGAUCAUUUUUUAAUUCGGGCCUCUGCAGCUUUAGAAAAAUUGAAACUCCUGUGUGGAGAAGACAAAGAAUGUUCAAAUCCAUCAAAUCUUCUAGAACUUUAUACACAGGCUAUUUUGGACAUGACAUAUUUUGAGGAGAAUAAUCUAGUAGAUGAAGAUUUUCCUGAGGAUUCUUCACAGAAAGUAAAGGAACUGAUUGAUUUUCUUUCCGAACCAGAAAUACUAGUUAAAGAAAACAAUUUGCAUCCAAAACACUGCGAUUUACUUGGUGAUGAACUCCUGGAAUGUCUCUCUUGGAGACGAGGAGCCCUACUCUAUAUGUAUUGUCAUUCUCUGACCAAAAGGAGAGAGUGGCUCACGAAAAAAUCUUGUUUGCUUAAAAAGUACCUUGUUGAUGGAAUCAGUUACUUGCUACAGAUGUUAAAUUUUCGGUGUCCUAUCCAGUUAAAUGAAGGAGUUUCUUUCCAGGAUCUAGACACAGCUAAAUUAUUAAGUGAAGGAAUAUUUAGUGACAUCCAUUUGCUGGCUAUGAUGUACAGUGGAGAAAUGUGUUACUGGGGAUUGAAGCAUUGUGCAGAUCAACAAUCAGAAAAUCAUGAAGUGGAUACUGGUGUUUCUGGAGCAAGCGGCAUUACACACAAAGAACCCUUGGAUUUCCGAGAAGUAGGAGAAAAAAUUUUGAAAAAGUAUGUAUCUGUGUGUGAAGGACCCCUGAAAGAACAAGAAUGGAAUACAACAAAUGCAAAACAAAUUUUAAAUUUCUUUCAGCAUCUCACUAACUAGUAAUUUCAUCUAGCCCUUUUCAAACAGAAAAAUAAACCAAUGGAAAAGUUCCAAAAAAGAAGACAUUAUUGAUGCUGAAUUAAAAAAUAUUACACUACAUAAAGAUAUCCAGCACAGCUAACCUUUUUAAAAUGCUAUUAUCAUCUUUAAUUAUAAUUCUUAAACCUCUGAAGAAACUGUUCUUUAAUUUCUAAAAUAGCAUGUAUACUCUAACUCAGCCUCAAGUACAGAUAUACUGUAAUUGAUAAUGAGGAAUCAAGCUUAGCUUUGUAAAAAAAAUGUUUUGUUAUUUUAGACGUUUUCAUUGUAUAUCUUAUGUAAUGUAAGACUGAUCAUUUUAACUAUACUUAACAUUAUUUUUUGAUCUCCCUAUCUUGAAGUUUACUAUACUUGAAGGAUUAACAAAAAUCACUUCGUGCUUUGAUCUAUAUACUGUGGAUAUAAAAAUAGGCCAAAUGAAAAAUUAUGACUAACAUUUAAAUUCUACUUUCAUGAUACGAUAAAUGAAAGAUUCCACAAAAGAAUUGUUAAUUAGUCACCAUGUACUACUACUAAUGACAUUUCUAAUAUUAGACAUUUUAUAAAAAUUUAAUCAUGAUUUUUCUAUUUUGUUCACAAGAGUGUUCAUGAUUUAUCAAUGGAGAUAAAAUCAAAUUAGGUUAGCUGAUUUGUCUUCAGGGUACAUCUUUUCAUAUGUGUUGAUGUGUUGAAAUUUUUGCCUUUCCUAGUGGGGGUGAGUGUCUUGCUUAUGGUGUUCUGUCUACCUCAACUCCUACUGUCCUCUUGGGCUGACCUGUCUGAUACCUUGCUGAUGUCCUUUGCCUCCGAGCAGGUGAUGUUACCACAUUCCAGGAACUUGUUCCCAUGGCCAUCCUUUGAAUAGCACCAUUCUGAGUUUCUCUUUCUGAAAUCAAAUUUCAGUAAUGGAUUCUCAUUUUGCUCAGUUUAUUGACUUUUCUCUCUCCUUUAUUUGUAUUUUCUUUCACUUCUCUGUGUCCUCUUGAUGGCUCUUUAUUUUCUUGAACUAUCGGCUCCUUUCAGAAUUUCUUCCUUCUCUAUCCAACCUCCGUCUACAGGGCACCAUAUAAAGUGUUCUCCAUAGUCUCUUCAAAUCUGUCUUUCCCUUCGCCCUUCACCCUAAUCUUUCUGCACACCCUCACCAUUGUGUUCUGUUACACACUUAUGUGGAUGUUCUUCAAAGUAUAAUCACCAAUUCCCAAAUCUGCAAUUUCUUUCCUGUUGUCUAAACCUUAUUUCUAAAUAUCUGCCUAUUAAACACUUUUACUUAACACAUUCCAUAAUAAUUUUAAAUUCAAUAUGUUCAAACAGCAAAUCCUCAUCUUUCACAUGAAAUCUUUUCUAGUUCAUGUUUUCUCUGUUUCAGCCACAGAGUAGGACAACAGAGAAAGCGCAACACCAGAUUCUGCCUACCUUCCCAGCGUCAUCUCUGAAAUUCAUCCCGUAUAAUCAUAUUUUAGGCAGUCUAGCAUUCCUCAGCCAUUUAAAUCUGGGGCUUCUUUUUGAUAAACAUUCUGAUAGAUCCUCUUGGUACAAAGAGAAUCUUUCCAUAUAACUGCCCCGCCUGCUUGCCUAUACUUAUAUAGCUGAGAAGAUUUUAUUUAACACGGCUUUUUGUCAGAUUUUAUAGGCAUACCUCGGAGAUAUUGUAGAUUCAGUACCAGGUCACCAUAAUUAAAUUAACUUCACAAAAGAGUCAUGAAGUUUUUGGUUUCCCACGUGCAUAUAUACAUUAUAUCUCUAUGAUACUGCAGUCUGUUAAGUAUGUAGUAGCUUUAUGUCUAGAAAACCAAUGUACAUUCCUUAAAGAAGAAGCUGUUGACAAAAUCAUUACCUAUAGACUUGCUCCAUGCAGGGUCACUGCAGAUCUUCAUUCUGGAAAGUACAGCAUCUGCCAAGUGCGAUAAAGUAUAAUAAAACGUGUGUGCCUAUACUAUGAAAAUACAUUUGUGCUUUCCAAGUAUUAAUAUUUAAGUAGCUUUAAAUAUGGUUUUUAGAAAUACAGAUUGCACACUCUCAUACCCCUUUUGGAGAAUCACAUCACCAUCAGCUGUAAGCUCUUCCCAGUUCUUUCCCCAUUGUGCUGUGUUUCCCUCCUCAGACACCCUUUGAGGCUUCAUUACUUCUCCCUGAAUCACUUUGCCCUUGUGGCCAGGUGAAUAUCUGCUUAUUCUCCAGACUAAGCUCCAGUAAUACUGUAUCUGUAUGGCUUUUAUUUAGUUUCCAGUGAAAAUUUGCUUUCCUUUGAUUCUUUUCCCUUAUUCUUCCCCUCCCUCAUCAUACUACUUUGUAGUUUUUUUCCCCCCCUUGGGAGUUGAUGACCUUAAUAUUUAAAAAAUGUAUCUUUAUGCAUGUUGCUUAAUGAAUAAUGGACCCCUAAAGUGUUUUUUGAGUUAAUGGACAUGAUUCUAAGUGCUGACCUUUUCAUAAAAGAGUUGCUGCUAUUGUAUUCCAAACUGCCAUGCCCUCUAUACCAGCGCUUGACAAGCCAAAUAGGGAAUUACUCCUCAAAAGAGUGAAGUGUUCUAACAGAUUUAUCACCUCAGAAAAGAAGACAAUUUUGUAUUCAAAUUGGAAACUUCCAUUUUUGCCUUCAAGACCCUUCUAAACCAUUUGGGUCUCCUGCUAGUUGGUACAGUUAUGAGGGUACUUUUGGGUGCUUUUUAUACAACUUUUCCAUCUCCCACACAAUUGGAGGAUAACUUAUAGGCCCUAACAGUUAUAAUACUUUUUACUCUGUUGUAUUACCAAACAGGGAAUAACACAUUUUUGUGUGUGUUAAAGCCUGUUAAGUAAAUUCUGUCUCAUUUAGAAUGGAGUAACCUUAAGAUACCAAAUAUUCUGCUUAGGCAAAGUACAAUAAUUCACUCAUUCUGCAAGUAUCAGGUGCCUGUUCCUGCCAUGUUUUGCCCUAGGCACCAAAUACCUAGCUUUGUAAAACAUUCUCUUUCAGAACUUGUUUUCUAGUGGAGAAGAUUCUAUACUUAACACAGCUUUUUAAUAGGAUUUAAGUAUUAAAUAAUGCUGUCUAGGAAGAGUAUAAGCAGGGCCAAAGGGCUAUAUGACACGGAGACAAUUGCUGUUUUAUUUGGGGUGAUUGGGAAAGUAUCUCUAACUUACCUACUUUAGCAUUUGUGUCUUUAUAUUCUACCCUUUAGGUUAAAUGCCUUGCACAUUCAUAUAAUUUCUCUUUCUUAUAGAUAUUCUAAUGCUAAAUUACUAAGCGCGCUCAUUUUGGUUGCAUUUAAAGGAUUUCUAUCCCCGUAUGGCCUUUGAAUUCCAUUGUUAAAAGGAGUGAGUGGUAACCUAAAAGCCUCAUUGAAUCUAUCUUGCUUUCUCUUCAUUUUGUGUCCCCUGAUGUAUUACUAACACUUAAAUUCUGUUAACAGAUUUUUCUAAUUCUUAAAUUUGUAGCAUUCUUUCCCAGUAUGAAUAUUUUGAUGCUUUAACACCUAAACGUCUAUCCAUUUUUUGCUGAAUUUAUAGGAUUUCUCACUACUGUGAAUUUGUUUGAUGGUAAUUAAGGUAAAAUACCAUGACUAAAGACUUUUCCUUACCCCUUGGCAUACCAUAGAGGGAGGUGAGUAUCAUGACUGAAACCCACAACAGAAUUACAUUCCUAGCUUUGCAAUCCCACUAUGAAUCUCUGAUGUUGAAGUGGGAGCUAUGUUUUAAGGCAUUCUCAAAAUUAUUUUAAUGGCAGUUUAAAAAAAACCAAGGCUGUUUGAUAUGCUGAUUUUAGAUUGUCAUACUUCACCUUCCAGGGCUGCUUUUCUGGUUCUUAUAAGGAUACCCCAUCUGCCACAGAAUCCAGGAGUAUGUAGUUCUCUGGUAUCACUGUCUGUAUUAUUUUAAAAUACAGUAUAACAUAUCAUGUAGUGGAAGUAUUACCUUAAAAUGCAUUUUCUGUAUCUACAAUUAAAGUAUACAAUUAAAGUAUACAUGCUGGUGUUCUUUACAGUUUUUGUUUUCCUACUUAUAGUGAAAAUUUCCAAGUAAAUUGUUUUGGAGCAUAUAAAUUUUUAAAAAAAAAUAAAACCAUA